AAGAGGGGGCGUGGCGCGGGAAAGGAGGCGCGUGGUGCCCGGCCCCGUCCCGCCGCCACCGGAGGCCUCGGUUCGCGCCCCGCGGGAGCUGGAGAGCGAGAGCCCGGUAGUGCCUUUCCCCCCUCACAAACGCCCCGCGCCCUGCAGGGCUGCUCGCCCCGCCGAGGCAGGCUCGCUCUGGGCCCGGAUGUCCCCGCGGGUCGGCAGGAGCGGGGCCGGCCGAUCGCCCGGGGCCCGCAGCGUCUGCAGGCUCCUCGCCCGCAGGGCCCUCGGGUUUUAUGCCAGAGAUGCCGGGGUAGCUCACAGGAAAAACCUGGGACUGCUGAGGAGGAUAAUGUGCCAGGAAAGUACUAAAUUCAAGAAUGUUUGGACAACUCAUUCAGCAUCUCCUAUCGCCUAUGAAAGAGGAAGAAUUUACUUGGACAAUUACCAGUGCUGUAUUAGCAGCAUUGCACAAGAGCCAAGAAUACUUUAUCAAAAACCAAAGCGUUCCAAGUCAGAAAAAAUUGAAGAUGCUUUAUUAUUGGAAUGCCCGCUGGGGGAAAUGCUACCACAUCCAUCAGACUAUAAAUCUUCCCUGAUAGUCUUGACAGUGCAGAACUGGCUUCUACGUCUCUCUGCUGAUAGUGGAGAAAUACUGGAAAAAAUAUACCUUGCUGGUUCCUGUUGCAAAUUCAGGUAUCUGAGUUGGGAUACUCCUCAAGAGGUAAUGAUUGUAAAGUCAGCUCAGAAUAAGCUCCCUGCAGAAGCACGGCAGGCAGGUAUCCAACAGUCUGUAUUGUUCUAUCUUGCUGUAUUCCAAGUUUUGCCUCUCUCAUUCAUUGGAAUGCUAGAAAUAAACAAAAAGAUAUUUGGUAAUAGUGUGACAGAUGUUGCUGUUUCUAAUGGAAUCCUGAUUGUAAUGUAUAGCGUGGGUCUGGUCAGGCUGUAUAACUUCCAGGCCAUUACUGAACAGUUCAUGGAACAGCGGUUUGAUUUGGGACAUGAAUUCAACUGGAAUGGUCAAGUGGGAGUAGUAGGAAAGUAUCCAUUUGGUCUUCCAUAUAACAUUAAAAUAACAGAUACUCCACCUUUGCUAUUUGAAGCAUCUACUCUGGAGAAUGCUUUUCAAAUUGGAGGUUACCCUUGGCAUUAUAUCAUCACACCUAACAAGAAAAAACAUAAAGGAGUCUUCCAUAUUUGUUCUCUGAAAGACAAUGCUUUGGCAAAAAAUGGCAUACAGGAUAUGAAAUGCUGUUCACUGGAACCUGACUGGAUAUAUUUCCAUCCAGAUAUGUCGGGUAGAAUAAUCCACGUGGGACCAAAUCUGAUAAAAGUCCUGAAGUUUAAGGAAGUUAAAAAUAAUGCAGAUCAAAUGGAGAUUGCAGAAGAUUUUACGAUUGUGGCAAACAGAGAAAACUGUGUGAACGACACUGUUACUGUCACAGCUUCUGGUAGAGUGGUGAAAAAACGUUUUAACUUGCUGGAUGAUGACCCAGAACAAGAGACAUUCAAAAUUGUGGACUACGAAGAUGAAUUGGAUUUGUUAUCCACUGUGGCAGUUACUCAAAUAGGAGUUGAUGGAAGAGCUCACCUUGACUUUCAUUGUAAUGAACAUGGGAUUCUGCUUAAGAGUAUUCCAUUACUGGAGUCCUGGGAUGUGACUUACAGUCAUGAAGUUUACUUUGACAAAGACCUUGUUUUACAUAUAGAACAGAAGCCUAACAGGAGAUUCAGUUGUUACGUUUACCAAAUGGUCUGUGAUACUGCAAAAGAUGAAUGUUCAAGCCAUGACAAAAUAGAAAGAUCAUUUUGUAAAAAAGGAGGGAGAAUUUUUGAGUAUAAUUAAACAACUAUAGCUAUAAUAUAUUUAACAAUUAUGGAGACUUCAAUUUGGAUGUUAUUUAAGGACUUCAUAUAUACUAAUUGGUCAACUACUGUUUUUCAGGCAGGAUUUAUUCUUAAACUUUUGUACUAGUACAUCGGGUUUUGUUUCUUUUUUUCUCUGUAACAUUAUGGAAAUGUCUGUAGUCCAUCAUGGCUUUUCCUGCAUUCACCAGUUCAAUAAAUGCUGCAUUCAGCAUUAAUGAUGCUUCUCUUCAGCAACUGGAUUGAAAUGCUGGACAUCAAGAAGAAAGUUGUGGACUUACUGAUCAUCUACCAUCUGCUGCAAUCUGUCUUGCAUAGUUUUACCUAUGCAACUUUAAUACAGACUGUUAGUUAAACAAAGAAUGUAAAAUUAUAUAGGAUAAAUUUUAUAUGUAGUAUGAAAAUGGAAGAUUUACCAUUAAACCACUUAAAGAGAAUCCUUCUGUUGGCUUUGUGUGAGAGAAAAAAUUAUUCAGGUUUUCUUGUUGUGUGUUUUGGUUUAAAAAGAAGCAUUAAUACAUUAUGUAUUUUUACUGCCUUUUAUAUAUAUAUGUGUGUGUGUAUAUUAUAAAGUGAAAUACAAUUGUGGAAAGAAACAACAUAAAAAGGAAAUGUAAUGAAACGGCAGUAGAAAUAAAGAGCAACAGCAACACUUUACUUCCUCCACAGCUUCAAUAAGAUUUUGCUUACUAUCCAGGAAAGAGUACCUGUCUGUUAGCUGCUAUUAUGUAAAUAACUAUAUAAGUAAGAGAUGAGGGUAAAGCUGAAUAUGAAUCUAUACUCUUAAGCAGAAGAUCCAACUGUUAAGGAGGCAUUGAUGUUUUAUGCUUGUUUCUGUUUGAAUUAUUAAAGCAGUUCCUCUCAGAGCAAGACACUUACGCUAUUUAAUAAACAAAGUUUAAGUACUUCUCUUCAAGAGUUUGCUAUACUUUCUAGUUACCAUUCUAAGUUAUUGCAAACUCUUGCAGUGAUAUUCUGCUAAAUCAACAAUUGUACAUCAGUACCUCUCUUUGAAAAAUGCAGCAAUUUAUAAUGGCCAAAAGGCAACCCUGACUUUGAUCAUGAAGAUUAUGGGUUUUGUGUAAGAAAUUCUACCUCUCUAAGUAGCCCGUGUGUUGCUGCACUACAGGUAAUGGCAGGUGUUCUGUCCUGAAGGUCACACUUAAGACGUUUUCAUGCUGAAACAGGAGAAAUGUUUCUGUUUAAUUUAAAACUCCUUGAAAGCUAUUUUAAGAAUAAAGAAUCCAGAACUCCCCCCCAUGAACUCUUCUAUGAGUAUCUUCACAACCCUAGUUACAAACAGACCGGGAUGUACCAGAGAAGCAUAAUCACUAAAUGCAUAUGGGUUGUGCUUUUCAAGCUGUGAACAGCAGUGUUGCAUUCUGUACCUAUGCAGAGCCCCAGAAAACUCUGAAAAUAAACUUCUGUUUGAGUAGGAGAAAAAUCUUGACUGCAAACCAGUAGUUUUUACAUUGUUAAAGCCCCUGCCCCUGUAUCCGAACAAAACACAAAUACCUGCAUGCUUGGUGGCAGCCCACGUAAAUCGACAACUUUUAUUUCAGGCUACGUUUUGAAACAAACCGCAUCCACCACAAAAAGGUAGUACUUUACUUUGCCAGAUUUUAUGUGUAAGCAUUUUUUGGUAACUUGCUGGGAGGGCUGUACUAGCGUGCAGUAUGAAAGGGAUAUGAAAUUUGAAUAAAUGCAUUAGAUCUGACCUGUAGACCUAUAGUUUGAUAUCAAUUUAUGGCGAUUCUAGGGCACUUAUCUUUCUCUUUUUCAUACUGUAAAUUAGGUACAUGGAAAUCUCUUACACAAUCUGAAUAAUUCAGUAUACUAAGGAAUAACAGUAUUUGUAAAGUGAAGUAAUUUUGAGGAUACUCAUGUGGUUUCUAUUACAGAGGAAAAAGUGUUCUUGUACACAUGCCCAGCAUAUUUUCUCUGCAAGCACAAAAGUGUGACACUAGUACA